AGAAAUCAUUCUCAGAGACACCACAUUUGUCGCAAACGAGAGGCGUCUUGAUAAACGCAUAUCUCUCUUGUUUCUCUUAUCCAUCUUCAUCUCGUCGAUUCCUUUAGUGUUUCUCAGCAAAAAUGAGAGAGUGCAUCUCGAUCCACAUCGGCCAGGCCGGCAUUCAAGUCGGCAACGCGUGCUGGGAACUCUACUGCCUCGAGCACGGCAUUCAGCCUGAUGGCCAGAUGCCAAGUGACAAGACCGUUGGGGGUGGUGAUGAUGCUUUCAACACCUUCUUUAGUGAAACUGGUGCUGGGAAGCAUGUCCCCCGUGCAGUUUUUGUGGAUCUAGAGCCCACCGUCAUUGAUGAAGUUAGGACUGGAACAUACCGGCAACUCUUUCACCCUGAACAACUUAUCAGUGGCAAGGAAGAUGCAGCUAACAACUUUGCUCGUGGCCACUACACCAUUGGGAAAGAGAUCGUUGAUAUUUGCUUGGAUCGUAUCCGAAAGCUUGCUGACAACUGCACUGGUCUGCAAGGGUUCCUGGUUUUCAAUGCUGUGGGUGGGGGCACUGGUUCUGGUCUUGGCUCCCUUCUACUGGAGCGACUUUCAGUGGACUAUGGCAAAAAGUCAAAGCUUGGGUUCACUGUGUAUCCCUCGCCGCAGGUUUCUACCUCUGUUGUUGAGCCCUACAAUAGUGUCCUCUCUACCCACUCCCUUCUGGAACAUACUGACGUUGCUGUGCUGCUUGACAAUGAGGCCAUCUAUGAUAUCUGCAGGCGCUCCCUUGACAUUGAGCGCCCCACCUACACUAAUCUUAACCGAUUGGUUUCUCAGGUGAUAUCAUCACUAACUGCCUCUCUGAGGUUUGAUGGUGCCUUGAAUGUAGAUGUGACUGAGUUCCAAACUAACCUGGUCCCAUACCCUAGGAUUCACUUCAUGCUUUCAUCUUAUGCUCCUGUCAUCUCGGCUGAGAAGGCCUACCAUGAGCAGCUAUCAGUGGCAGAGAUCACCAACAGUGCUUUUGAGCCUUCAUCCAUGAUGGCUAAGUGCGACCCUCGCCACGGCAAGUAUAUGGCUUGCUGUCUGAUGUACAGAGGAGAUGUGGUGCCCAAGGAUGUCAACGCAGCUGUGGCCACUAUAAAGACCAAGCGCACCAUCCAAUUUGUUGACUGGUGCCCUACUGGAUUCAAGUGUGGUAUCAACUACCAGCCACCAACUGUUGUUCCUGGCGGCGAUCUAGCCAAGGUUCAGAGGGCAGUGUGCAUGAUCUCAAACUCCACCAGUGUUGCUGAAGUGUUCUCACGCAUUGACCACAAGUUUGACCUUAUGUAUGCAAAGAGGGCGUUCGUUCACUGGUAUGUUGGUGAGGGUAUGGAGGAAGGUGAAUUCUCUGAGGCCCGUGAGGACCUUGCCGCCCUGGAGAAAGAUUAUGAGGAGGUUGGUGCUGAGGCAGGUGAUGAUGAGGAAGGUGACGAGGGAGAGGAGUACUGAGAAAGAAUGCUUGUUUAGUAGUCAAGCAUUCUAAUGAUUCAGUUCUGUGGUGAUGCUGACUUGUGUUUUUCCUUUCCAAACUGUUGGCUUCUUCUUGUUGCCCUGGAUUCUAUUUGCUGUUUCACGCUGACUUGUGUUUUUCCUUUCCAAACUGCUGGCUCUUCGUGUUGCCCUGGAUUCUAUUUGCUAUUUCACUUAGCGUGAAACAGCCAUGUUCGUUGUUUGGUUUACUACUUUAAUCAUAUGAAUGUGGCCUUUGUUAUAA